AUGGGAGCGAGAAGGCUAACUCGAUUGAGAUCACCUAUUGAGGCGGAGACUGAAGCACUUAGGUGGGCAAUCAUUUCUUUGGUGCGUCUCAACUACAAGAACAUCAUCUUCGAGUCAGACGGCAAAGAAUUGAUAACGGCCCUGCAGGAAGAAAAUUACCGCCCCAGCAUACGAGCUUAUACGGAUGAUAUUCACUAUAUGUUGGAAAAGUUAGGGACUCAUCGAGUGAUUUUUAAGAGUAGACAAGCAAAUGAAGUUGCAGAUAGAGUAGCAAAGGAGGCGUCCACUUAUGGGAGUAACUCCUCUGUUUUGUUCUCUAUUAUGCCAUCUUGGAUUAAAUCUUAUGUUGAGGCUGAUAAGCCUACUGUGUAA